AUGGUCAAUAACUUUGCUUAUGAUAUUAAGGUCUUGAGCGCUGCUGGUUGCAAGGAUGUUGCUGCUUUAGAAAAGAAUUUAGAUUAUUUGCUGUAUCCAGCCUAUGUGGUCGACAACGAGUUAGAGAUAGCCGCAUUGUUCGUGGAACAGAUGCUUAUGAUGGAGAGUUUCCUUGGGCACUCUUUCUUCGGUCAAGAUGGCACGGUUGUUGGCUGGGGAUUUAAAGCUGACCCUGAGAAAGGUGGAGAGCGCGCAAAGCGUCUUCAGAAGGUCAAAGUUCCUGUAAUGGAUGUCACACAGUGUCAGAAUUGGUACCACGAGGCGGGAAAGUUGGUCACUUUACAGAGUGGACAAAUGUGUGCAGGUUUUAAAAACGGAGGCCAGGACUCUUGUCAGGGUGAUUCUGGUGGCCCUCUGCUGGUUAAAGAAGGAGAUAAGUUUGUGAUCAUAGGAGUCGUAUCAGCCGGAAUUGGCUGUGCUAAGCCUUUACUUCCGGGUCUAUAUACACAAGUCAGUUCUUACAUAGCCUGGAUAUUACAGUAUAUAAAUAACGCCCAAGAACACUCAUUAUCCCAAUAAUUAAGAACAUUUUGAAGGCAUAAAAACACCGGUACAGAUUUGAAGAUUACUGUACUGCCUCCGAUAUACAAAGUGCUUCUCGAAAAGUCACGUGAGAAGCAGCUGAAAAGGCGGUAACUUUUAAGUCGUUCAUUAACUUUGUCAUUGAAUAUUUAAAAACGGUGAACAUUUUUUUUUCACGUAUUUAAUAUAACAUGAACUGAAACCUGAAGCUAUUGGUUUUCCAACUACAAGAUUGAGGAAAAAACAAACAAACAGAGAAAAUAAAAAUGAAAUCUUUCCAAAUAUAAUAUAACUAUAUAAUGGAAAUA